UUUAUUUCAGCUGCUAAGCAACGCUUCGGGUUCAGGUUGCUGUGGCGGAAGGAGAAACAGAUGCACGAUAACAAACACACAUUCAUCUUUAUGUUGUGAUCAAUUCUUUAUUGUUCAUUUCUGCCUAAUGGUGAAGUUAAGAGCUAGAUGUGUUGUCGUGGGAGAUGCUGCUGUAGGGAAGAGCACACUGUGUCAGAUGUUUCGCAGUGAUGGUGCUGUCUUUCAGAAGAACUACACCAUGAAUGUUGGUGUGGAGCUGCUGGAGAAAUCAGUGUCCAUCCCUGACACCAGUGAUACUGUGGAGUUGUACAUCUAUGAUUCAGCGGGACGGGAGCCGUUUGCAGACGCCUGUGAGAACAUGUGGAGUCAGCCGUCGGUGAUGUGUGUGGUGUUUGACAUCAGCAGCGAAGCCUCGUUCACCAGCUGCGGCCGCUGGAUCGACAGGCUCCGAUCGCACUGUGACGGGCUGCAGGUGCCAGGUGUGCUGGUGGGGAAUAAGCGUGACCUGUCGUCCAGGAGGGAGGUGGACAGUGCCGCGGCUCAGACGUGGGCUCAGAGUCACGGGCUGGAGUAUCACGAGACGUCUGCUAAGGAGAUCGGACAGUUUGAAGCUCCGUUCCUGAGUUUGGCUCGAGCGUUUCACUCGCUCUAUCAGGAUCAGACUCAGAUCAUCCAGAGUCUCGUCUAACCCGUUCAUCUGUACUGACGAUAUCUUAUACAGAUCAGUGUGAUGAUAUUUUAAUACAGUAAUAUUUUAUAUAUGUUUGUGUUCAGAGUUUUGAGCUCAAUUAAAUAAACCUCUUUCCUCUGAAA